CUCCGGCAAAUGGUCCGGGCCCUAAUCCAGUGAUAAUUAAUUCGCAUGCCGCCGACAAGCGGUAGUGUACUAUUGUUCAGGUGCCGGCCGCCACUGCCCGGUGGCUACUUUCUCAGGAUGAUUCCGUCAUCCAGCCCCUCUCUACACCCUAAUCCCAAUUUUCUGCUCCGAUUGAACCCCUCGAGCUGUAUUCCAGCCUCGAUUUCUCCUCUCCACUGUCGUCGCCCUAACAGUUACUGCUGUAGUUACAGGUCUCAAUCACAAGCCAUGACGGUCUCAAACUGCAGCACCGGUUCCGCCGCUUCUGACCCGGUUCCCAUUUCCACCGCAUCCGACUACCUGCCAAACCCACAUUCCACUCUCAUGGUCGUGUCUUUCUAUCGCUUUGCGGAUUUCCCUGACCACGCCAAUUUGCGGAAGCCAUUGAAGGAGCUCUGUGAGGAACUGCGGGUUUCGGGUGGUGUCAUUCUUGCACCGGAAGGAAUCAAUGGGAGCAUAUGUGGGACUAGAGAUUCCGUUGGGAAAGUUCUUGCAUUUAUCGAGAGUGAUUCCCGGCUAAAGGGACUUAGGAAGAUAGAGUCACCUGUUAGUCCAGAGGAGGAGGCUAUCCAUCACGGUCACAGCAGCAGCUCUCCUCUUUCUGCAGGGGAAGAUACACCUUUUCGAUGGGAUCAUGUCAGGGUGAAGCUGAAGAAAGAGAUUGUUUCUCUUGGAAUGCCAGCUGUAUCACCCAUUGAAAGGGUUGGGAAGUACGUGAAGCCAAUGGAAUGGAAUGCAUUGAUUAGCGAUCCAGAUACAGUAGUGAUUGAUGUGAGAAACAACUAUGAAACAAGAAUAGGGAAAUUCAAAGGAGCUGUUGAUCCCUGUACCACAGCAUUUCGGAACUUCCCUUCUUGGGUGGAUGAUCAGUUUGAACUUCCCAAAGCAGAAAGCUUGAAGCAGCAAUCAGGUGGCAGUCCUGAGUUGAAAACCGAGUGGCCCGAAAGGAAAAAGCCUCCACGGGUUGCUAUGUACUGUACAGGUGGCAUUCGGUGUGAGAAAGCUUCAAGCUUUCUCCUCCAGAAAGGCUUUGAAGAGGUUUAUCAUCUGGAAGGAGGAAUCUUGAAGUACCUCGAGGAGGUUCCAGAACCAGAGAGCCUGUGGGAGGGCGAAUGUUUUGUCUUUGACAAGCGAGUAUCUGUUGAGCACGGUUUGGCACAGGGGACUUUUAAGCUCUGUUAUGGAUGUAAGCAACCAGUGAGUGAUGCAGACAUGGAAACACCAGAGUGGGAACGUGGAGUUACUUGUCCUCACUGUUACUCAUCGAAAUCUGAAGAAGAGAAAGAGAGGGCUCGAGCACGACAAAGGCAGUUUGACGCCUGGGGCAUCAUUGGCGGUCCUGACAAGGGACGACGACCCACAUCAAAGGAAGAUGCGAGAGCUAAGAACUCCAACAAGCUUUCCUCUUCAUUGUAAGGCAUUAAAGCUGUAUUUGGUUACAGAAUAACAUGAUUGCCCUGAUUUUGUGAUUUUAUAGCUUCGGAUUAUAGGGUUUCUGGUGACGGCUUUAGCAAAGAUGCCAUUGGUCUUGUAGUCACAAGAGAAGGUCCUUUUUUGGGAAGCGACCUUAGUCAGCGGAUCCUUGUAUAAGUUUAUUAAGUGUUCUUGAAGUGAUUGUUGUUGUUCAUCUACCUAGGUUAGAGGGAGAGGGUGACUUAAAACAAUCAAGAAAAUAUUGGCUUGAUAAUGAGGUUGCCUUAUAAUUUGAUUCUUUUUCUUAAGAGAUCUUUUCAUUUCCUUGAAUGUUGCAAGAUUUGAUUGUUCAUG